UCUCCUGGCAGCAGAAGCGGUGACCCGGCUCCCGCAGGCUGUCGCGGAGCUUCCCCCGCGGGUCCCCUGGAAGGGGCGCGGGCUGACCGAUGUCCGUGAGGAGGUGCCUGGUGGGCCUCACCUUUUGCACCUGCUACCUGGCUUCUUACCUCACGAACAAGUAUGUCCUGUCUGUCUUGAAAUUUACCUACCCUACAUUAUUCCAAGGGUGGCAGACUUUAGUUGGUGGACUUUUGCUUCAUGUGUCAUGGAAGCUGGGCUGGGCCGAGAUCAACAGCAGCUCAAGAUCUGAUGUUUGGACGUGGCUUCCUGCUUCCGCGUUGUUUGUGGGUAUAAUCUAUGCUGGUUCCAGGGCACUAUCCAAACUGGCCAUUCCUGUGUUUCUCACUUUGCAUAAUGUAGCUGAAGUUAUCCUCUGUGGGCACCAGAAGUGUUUUCGGAAAGAGAAAACUUCUCCUGCAAAGAUCUGUAGUGCCCUCUUCCUCCUGGCUGCCGCAGGAUGCCUUCCCUUCAAUGACCCCCAGUUUGACCCCGGUGGAUAUUUCUGGGCUGUAAUUCACUUAAUCUGCGUAGGGGCAUAUAAGAUAUUGCAGAAGGUCCGGAAACCCAGCGCACUAAGCGACAUUGACCAGCAGUACUUAAACUAUAUGUUCAGCGUGGUGCUUCUGGGACUUGCGUCUCAUCCCACAGGUGACCUCUUCAGCGUCCCGGACUUCCCGUUCCUGUAUUUCUACAGAUUCCAUGGCAGCUGCUGUGCCAGUGGAUUGUUAGGAUUCUUUCUCAUGCUCAGCACAGUGAAGCUGAAAAGCCUUAUGGCCCCAGGGCAGUGUGCAGCCUGGAUUUUCUUUGCUAAGUCUGUUCGAUUUGUCUUCUUGGAGUUAGAGCACUUUGGUUGCAAGGAUCCCGUCACCGGUUGUUAUCCCUGCACUGCCCUUUCUCCCCCGCAAGGGAUUUUCACCUGGGAAAACAAAUGCUUUUCUUCAGCUGAGGCUAUAGUCUGUAUCAGUACAUACUUCUUCAUGAAAGUAUUUCCCGCCCCCCACCCGGUAUUGGAGUUGAGCUACAGCUGCGUGAGCCACUGGGAUCUCCGUAAGUCCUGGUGUAUCUUCUGUGAGGUCAGUAAUGGUUAUUCUUUUUCUCGACUUGUACUGGGACGGUUGACUGUUCGCUCUAUGGAUUAUGUAAGGCCUACCUCGGUUUCCAUACUCAUGCUUCUUAGGGGGUUUUUGUUUUUCCUGACAGUUUUUUUCAAGUUGCUCUGUUGGAACAUGUUACAUUCAGCAGAGAUUUGUAGAGUGAGGAGAUAGUAGAGAAGACAGACUGGUAGCCCAGCUAUGGAUCAGAAUUUCCCUCCAGCAGUGUCACCUUGGAAAGAUUAUUUCACCUCCAUAUGUAUCAGUUUUCUUCUCUGUAAAAUGGGAAUCAUGUAGAUGUUGCAGGGAUUGUAUGAAAUAAUGUGUGUUGAGUAUUUUACAUUGGCUAGUAUAGUAUUACUUGAAAAGAAUGAGCUUUUCCUUCGCAGAUGGAGAAAUGUUGGAUGUGUUGUUUGCAUUUUGGGUUCAGCUACAAUUUCAGAGCUGCUGAUAUGGGUUGAGAGCCUUCGCUUCCCAGUUUGUUCCAUUUUGCUACUCUAGUGUCAAGAGAGAUCUAAAAUGACCAGAUCCAAGUGACACCCUAGGUUUCAAAGUGCUUUUUUCAAUUUUUCAAAGAAUUCAGAGAAUCUAAGUUACCAUGGAAGUUCUACACAGGUGUUGAUUAAAAAAUAUAAAGAAGAAAGAAAAAAAGAAAAGAAAGAAAGAUAUCAGCCAUGGCAUGAAAUAAAGAUUGUUGACGGGGUGUUCAAGAGGGAAACGGCGGCUUUCAGCCUGGACUAGUUGGUGGUAAGGGAAUGGGGCAUUGAGAUAGAAGUGGUAUCAAAUCUCAUGUGGAACCACACACGCACCAGAGCUGCCAAAACUGUAGAGACUGACAGUACCGAGUGUUGGUGAGGACAAAGAAUAGCAUUUCUGGCUUAGAAAACAGUACAGCUAAACGAGGUUCCACUCCGGGCAAGUACCCGAGAGAAACGAAGGCGGAUACACACGUGUACAUUUCCUCUCAUCUCCUUGUAAUCCCUGUGUUUUGUCUGUAACCACUGUCUUUUUAAGCUUCUUGAAAAUUCUCACUGGAAUAAGUCAGGGAAUGAAUAAAAUCUCCCAUCCCCUUUAAAAAAAUAUUUUAAGUGAGAGACUAAAAUUUAAUCCCUGAGAAAUACUUUGUAGAUGAUUUCUUUUUUUCUUAUGGAGGGGAAAGCUCAAAUCCAGAGAGGGGAACUGGCCCAUCUGAGGUCCGUCAGGGAGUCUGGAACCCCCAGGACCCCCAGGACACUGGUGGCCCGGCUCUCCCACAGACACGGGCAUGAGAGCGGAUGCUCACGAGAUUGAAUCGGAGGGCAGGCCCACCUCUGGCGUCUGAUCACACCGUGUGCCCAGUCAUCCUGGAACCAGCUGCCCACUGUCCUUAAGGGAUAGAAUCCUUAUGGGACUUUUCUAAGUACCUUGCUAGGAAAAAGGUGUUCCCACUAUUGUUUUGUUUUCCGUCUCCCAGUUUUCUCUCAGCGUUAACCGUGGGCUGCCACUCACCUCAUGUGGUGCUCCCCAGUUGAGACCCAGUGGCUUGGACUUUGCUGACUUGUUGGUCUUGUUCUUUGUACCUAGAAAUGCCUUCCCCAGCUUCCUCACUGGGUAGUACUUAUUUGUUCAAGAUUAACAUGGGCAUCAUCUCGAUGGAGAGCUUAUUCUCGUAAUAUCCAGAAUAUACCUGUAAUCUCAGCACUUAACACGUUCCAUGGAAAUGACUUGCUUGGUGGCCUCUAGAAGCAGUGAGCCGGCACAGGGCGCUGUGAGGGCAGGUGCUGGCCUGUCGUGUUCUCCUCUCUGGUGCCUGGUGAAGUGCGAGGUGCGUGUCAUUUGGCCUCUGCUUCAUUCUAGCCAUAGCUCAAAGCCCUUUUUCCUUUUUCUUCUAAUUCGGGAAAAGCUUCUUCUGAAACAGUUAGUCAUUGUUGUUGUUUUUUUUUAACUUUCACUUUUUAAAAACUCUCCAAAAGAGCAAGGAAUAAUGUCUUAGCUUGUGCUGCCAUUACAAAAUACCACAGACUGGGCGGCUGGAGCAACAGACAUUUAUUCCUCUCAGUUCUAGAGGCUGCAAGUCUAUGGGGAAGUUGCUGGCAGGGCUGGUGUCUGGAGGGAGCUCUCUCCUUGGGUGGCAGAUGGCUGCCUUCUACCUGUUCACAUGGCAGAGAGAGAAAGAGAGAGAGCUCUUUGGUCUCUUCUUACAAGGUCACAAAGCACAUCGUGAGGACCCCCCCCCCAUGACCCCAUCUAACCCCAGUUGCCUUCCAAAGGUGCCAUCUCCCUGUACCAUCACAUUGGACAUUAGGGCUUCAACAUAUGAA